AAGCAAACUUCCUCAUCUUUCCUCGGCAUGCCCCUGAAAAAAAUGAAGAGAGAGAGGGGAAAAUACUUGGUGAGACGACGGGGAGGUUGAUGUAGAGAGAGAAAGUGGAGAGAGAAAGGAAAAAGCUUAGAGAGAGAAAGACGGGGAGAUUGACUUUGAGAGAGAGGCGGAAAAAAGCUCCAUAAAUAGCUUUUAGAGAGGCGUUCUGAACGAGAGAGAGUGCUAACAUAUUUUUCUCUCUUUGUUCUGCAAGAUGCCGAGGGGAACGUUGGAAGUGUUGCUCGUCAGUGCCAAAGGCCUCGAGAGCAAUGAUAUAUUGUCUAACAUGGAUCCUUAUGUUAUCAUCACAUGCCGAACUCAGGAGCAAAAAAGCAGUGUUGCAUCAGGCCAAGGGACUGAACCCAAUUGGAACGAGAACUUUGUGUUCAGUAUCUCCGAUGGUGUUUCUGAACUGAAUAUCAAGAUCAUGGACAAAGAUACCUUCACUUCAGAUGACUUUGUUGGAGAAGCAAGCAUUCCUUUGGAGCCUCUGUUUAUGGAAGGGAGCAUCCCUCCAACAGCUUAUAAUGUUGUAUCCUCGGAUCAAACCUAUUGUGGGGAGAUCAGAGUUGGCCUCACCUUCACUCCUGAGGAGACAAGUUAUGCCGAUCGUGACUUUGAGGCUGAGAACUUCGGCGGAUGGAAGGAAUCUGGUUAAAGGGCCACGGUUUGACUGUUAGAAAUCGAAAAUAACUGUUCAGAAACUUGUCGCAUGCUUUUCCAUGAAUUUCUCAUGUCUUCCCCUUGUCUAUGAAAAAUGAAACAUGAGACAUCAACAACACUUAAUUGCAGCAUUUUGAUACCCUUCCAAUGCAGUCUGGUUCCUUAAUUUUGGAUAGAGUUGGAGAUUUAAUUAUGGGAUUGUAAACAAUGCAAUCAUUUGUCUUUGGUACAAGGAGUUCACUAUUACUUACAA